UACAGAUAAUUGAAAAUUUUAAUUAUUAUCUGAUAUAUCGAAAAUAGUGAGUUUUGAUAGCAUAUUAUUAUUUAUGGAUUCUUGAUGAAAAACAUCCGAUCAGUUCACUUCCACAAUGACCCUUCCCACGAUUUGGAGAUUCACAUCACUUUUCACCCUACUGGUGUUCGUAACAGGAGAACCCAGCAAUCGUACCUUUCCAAAUCAUUUCAAAUUCGGCGUAGCGACGUCAGCAUAUCAGAUAGAGGGAGCUUGGAACGAAGAUGGUAAGGGUGAGAGCAAUUGGGAUCAUUUCCUACAUCAACAUCCGGAAGUGGUCGUAGAUAAGACAAAUGGAGAUGUUGCAUGCGAUUCUUAUCACAAAUAUAAAGAGGACGUCAAGUUAUUGAAAGAUUUGGGAGUUGAUUUCUAUAGGUUUUCUAUAGCGUGGACCCGAAUUGUUCCUCUGGGCCGUAAAGAUUCUGGGAUUAAUCCGGACGGUAUUGCCUAUUACAGUAACCUGAUCGAUGAACUUUUAGCGAAUGGAAUCGAACCUUACGUUACGAUUUUUCACUGGGACACUCCUCAAACUUUAGAAGCUGUUGGUGGUUGGUUGAAUUCGACCAUCAUCGACCAUUACGUGUCUUAUGCCCGGUUGUUGUUCGAACUUUACGGAGAACGAGUGAAACAUUGGUUGACGUUCAACGAAUUCAGUCAAUUCUGCGAAGAAGGCUACAGCACAGGAAAGAAGGCACCUUUCAAGACACUAGUGGGCGUUGGGGGUUACCAAUGUACGCACAACGCUUUGAUAGCCCAUGCGAAGACUUUCGACAUGUAUGUGAAGGAAUUCAAAUAUACUCAAAAAGGUUUAAUCGGCCUCUCUGUAGACACCGCUUGGGCUGAACCAAAAACAGACAGUAUUCUCGAUAAAUUGGCUGCAGAAGAAGAAUUUAUGUUUGAUUAUGCUUAUUACUUACAUCCUAUUAUGGCUGGAGAUUAUCCUGCUGCUCUUAAGAGGAAAAUCAAUUUCAAGAGUUUCUUCCAAGGCUAUCACCCGUCAAGGCUACCGAAAUUUAGCCGUCAAGAGAAAAAGCUGUUAAAAGGAAGUUUCGAUUUCAUAGGUUUGAACCACUACACCACAUCGUUAUGUUCUUGGUCGACGACAAAAUUUCCCAGUCCCUCAAAAUUAGACGAUUGUGGGGUGAAGCAAAGCCAAGAUCCUUCUUGGAAGAUUUCAGCUUCCCCUUGGUUGGCUCAAGUACCUUAUGGUAUGAGAAAAGUGUUAGUAUGGAUAAAAGAGAAUCUAAACAAUCCUCCGUUGCUGAUAACAGAAAAUGGUUGGUCAACUAGCGAUUCCAACUUGGACGAUGAAGACCGAAUGGAAUACUAUAAAAAAUAUCUUGCUGAAGUUUUAAAUGCUAUUCAUGAUCACGGUUGUAAUGUUAUUGGUUACACCGCUUGGAGUUUAAUGGACAAUAUGGAAUGGGCAUCUGGUUAUACAGAAAAAUUUGGGUUGGUCAGAGUAGAUUUCGCCAGUCCUAACAGAACAAGGACGCCUAAAGAUUCAUUCUACAUGUACCAGACAAUAAUAAAAAAUAAAAAAUUAAUUGAUUAAAUAAAGACAAACCAAUAAGGGAACAAUGCAGUUAUAAACAAUUUUCAUUUUGUUUUUGCCAUUAUUUUAAUAUGAAGAAUAUAAUAUAGAUGUACCUAUUUACAAAGUU